AGCAACAUUUCCAUACCUACUGAAGGCAAUUCUACAAGUGAUCUUUUGGAAUACAGGGAAAACGUUAUCAUGCCAAAAUUACAACUGUUGGCCGGAAGUCUCAUGGUCGCUGGGGCGGUCCAUACUCUAAUCGGCGUUACUGGAUUGGUUGGAAUGGUCGUCCAGUUCAUAGGACCAGUCACCGUCGUGCCGACCUUGACCUUGAUUUGCCUAUUCAUGAUCACGCCAGUCAUACAUUUUAUAUCAACACAGUGGGGUGUCGGAAUGCUUACAGUAGUCAUCGCUAUUUUUCUGUCCUUGUAUCUGGCUAAACAUGAAAUACCCUUACCAGCGUGGACAAAAACCCGCAGCUUUCAUUUCAGAAGAUCAAACAGUCACAAGAUGUUUUCUCUUCUCGUUUCCACAACGAUUGGAUGGGUGGUCAGCUACAUACUGACCGCAUCCGGGUAUUUAACAGAUGACCCAGAGCAGCAAGAGUUCCUAGCCAGGACAGACGCGAGGUCAAAUGUCAUUUCCGACAUGCCGUGGUUUUACUUUCCUUACCCAGGCCAGUUUGGGGCGCCAAAGAUGCACAUUGCUGUUCUAGUCAAUUUUAUCGUCUGCACUCUACUGUCAAUCAUCGACUCUAUCGGCGAUUACUACACAUGCGCACGUGCUUGCAUGGAAGAACUCCCACCCUCGUCUGGUGUCAACCGCGGCAUAUUCAUAGAGGGCGUGGCCACUGUCUUGUCUGGUGCGGUAGGGAUUGGACACUCCACCUCACCUCUUGGAGGAAAUAUCGGAGCAAUAGGAUUAACAAGGGUCGCCAGCCGGAGAGUGUUCCAGUCAGUCGGACUGAUAUACAUGCUGUUUGGCGUCGUUGGCAAGAUCGGCGCCUUCUUCCUGUCCAUCCCGUACUCCGUCCUCGGCGGCGUCCAGCUCAUCAACUUCGGCAGCCUCGUGGGCGUCGCCAUGUCCAACCUGGCCCUGGUGGACCUCAACUACACCCGCAACACCGCCAUCAUCGGCAUCACCCUCACAGUGGGCAUGAUGAUGCCGUACUGGGUGAAGCGCAACCCUCACGGAGUUUCUACAGGGAAUCUAGGAGCGGAUGGCGUCAUAAUGGCGCUUCUAGGCAAUCCCUCUGUCGUUGGUGGAGUACUGGCUUGUUUUCUGGAUAACACAAUGCCUGGAACAAAGAAACAGAGGGGUUUGGUUGGCUGGCACGCUCACGAGGAGGAGGAGGAGGAGGAGGAGGAGGAGGAGGAACUGGAAGAGACCGACAAAGCCAAGACUUCCUCGUCCAUAUACGACCUGCCAUUCCUCCCAGAUGUGAUACGAAACUCACGACUAGCUCGACUUAUCCCCAUUCUGCCCAUGUACAGGUUUAACGUCGUGUUUGGAAAAUGUAGGAGAAAGCAAACGAAAGCUUCUUGAAACUUUGUCUUUGGAAAGCAAAUUUGUAAAACAAGACAUACAAACACCAACAAAAAAAAACCCUGAGAAAACCCCCCAACAAAUCAACCAAAAAAAAAGAAGAAGAAAAAAAAGAAAGAAAAACGAGAAACAUACCAGUAAUACGAAACUCACGACUAGCUCGACUUGUCUCCAUUCUGCCCAUAUACAGGUUUAACGUUGUGUUUGGAAAAUGUAGAAGAAAGGAAAAUAAAUCUACGGGAAACUUUGUCUUUGAAAAGCAAAUUUAUAACACAACACAUACACCCAAAACACAAACAAGCAAACAAACAAAAACCAACAAGCAAAUAAACAAACGAAUAAACAAAAAACGAAAAAAAGGAAAAAGAAAAACCAACAACAAAACACUAAGCUGUUUUGCUCAGGAAACCUGAAGAGACGUGUUGUACGUCGUACAAAAGACGAAAGAAUUUUUAGACAUCGUUUAAAAUUAUUUAAUACAGUUUGUGUCCUUCUUCUGUAUAGAUGUAAAAUUUGGGAAGUGGAAAAUAUAAUAAUAUUACCUCAUUAAUGAACCAGUUCUUAUUACAUACUAUUAUCCUGUUCAAUUAUUUAGACCCAAAGUUUUUUGCAAAUGUUACGUUUAUUUCCUAUUCGAUAUUUGUUUUCUUUGCAUUUACAUGAAAACAAAC